AAUUCUGUAAACAAAGUAAAUAGUUUUCCCCAUUGUUUGGGACAAACAUAGGCAGCUUUUUCAGCUAAGCCCCAAACUAAGAACCAAACCCAUGAAGGAACACUUCAGCUCAACCCAGCUGCUAAACACAACCCCAGCUGAAACACAACGGGUUUGCAAAACACUCCAUUGUAAUACUGAAACUGAAACCCACUGGCAACAGAAACGAGUUAGAAACCAAAUCUUUCUCAUUUCAACACUGUACCCAAAGGGGAAAAGAGAAGUCUGUUCCACACGGUUUCACAACACACCUCUGCGGAUCUGAGCUUUGACAUUCGUGCUCAAUCAUCCUGCCCAGCCCUGGCCUAAGCAGAGAGCUGGGUUUGGUUUUGAUCUUGUCUCUGAAUUCAGAAAUCUCCCAGAGCAACCAAACUCCUGCUGGGCUCCAAGAGCAGAGCACUGGUUUUGUUUUCCCCUCCUCCCCCUAAUAGAUGCCGUGUUUGUUACACGUGUUCUCUGCACACAGAGAAAUGACCUUUGAUGCAUAUUGAGCAAGAGCCCCCAGCACCUCCCUCCUGCAGCCUGGAGUGGCUCUGUGUGUGUCAGCGCCAAGAGGUUGCAGGACACGAGGAUCUGGAUGUGCAGGGUGGGGGGUACCGGGUCUGUCCUUGCACUGAGCCCCAUGCAAAGCAGGACACAGCCGUGUUUGGGGAAGAGAAGCAGAGGAGGGUGGAAACUGCCCCUGCAGCACUAAUUCUGCAGGGAGGGAUGUGCUGCAUCAAAGUGCUCUACAGAUUACCUUUGUGAAGCCGCUCAGCUGAGGGGCACAAUCAAUUCUGGGAGUUCAGGCUGGACUGUGCCUACGAGUGGCACAUCUCUUUGCAUUCACUACAGCUGGAAGGCAGGAUGAGAGGAGACAGACGGGCAGUGACCUCAGCUGUCCCAGCGCAGGGAGAUGGCAAAGCACUGAGCAGCCCCAUCGCUGUCCUUCCCCCUGCUCUGCUCGGAGCUCAGUGCGAGCAUCUGCCUCUAAGGAGGUCCCUGGCGAGGGCACUCGAGAGCUGUUAUCUUCAGAGCCGAAAACAGGCACCGGCGCUUCCGAAAGAGAGGUGGGAACGGCCCCCCAGCCCGGGACCAUUCGGGCGGAUCCAAGGAGCAGUUUCUGGUCACGGCAGUCCCCACGCUUACAGCCUGAGCUGCACGGAGCCGCUCCGUGGCAGAGGGAACUGAACCGCCGGGAGGAAGGAAGGAGCGGUCAUCUCCCAGCUCAGAGCUCGGCUGCGGAGGGAAGGCUUGGAUCACACGGGCUCCUCGAAGGAAGAAACGCCGGUCCUCCUUGCCGGAGGCGCAGCGUGCUCCGGAUCCCCGUGCUCGGGGGUCCAUGGGUCGGCCGGUGGAUCCCAAACCGAAGGAGCACGAGCAGCUCCGCUCCCCGCACGGCAGCCCACGGCGGCACAGACCGAAUCCCAGCCGAGGGGCGGGACGGGGCCGUGCCGCGGGGCUCCCCGCCUCCGGAGCUCGGAGCGCUGCCCCCCGCCGCCUCCCCUUUGUCCGCCGGCUCCCCCUCCUCCCUCCCCCGGCGGCCGCGGCUCCCGGCACGUUGUAAAGUCAUUAACUCCCCCAGCCAUGCCGGCCCGCGCCCCGCCGCCGGCUGCUCCUGCCCCGGCCGCUGGUGGCCCGGAACGCCGCCUCCUCCGAGCGGCGGCAGCAGCAGCAGCAGCGCGGCAUGGCCGCUCCACGCCGCCUCCUCCUCCUCCUCCUCUUCCUCCUCCUCCCGAGCGCCGCCGCCCCCCUCGGCGCCAAGGACAGUAGUGAGGCAGCAGAUGGAGCUGGCCCCUGGGAUGAAGAAGUCACCAAGUGGUGGGGAGAAUGGAGCUCCUGGUCCACCUGCUCGCGGUCCUGCGGGGGAGGCGUGAUGUCCCGGGAGCGGCACUGCCUGCGGCAGCGGCUCCAGAUGCCCCAGGGAACGAACAGCACCAUGUGCGUUGGCCAAGCCAAGCACUACCAACUGUGCCAGCAGCAGCCCUGCCCAGCCAACACAGCAAGCUUCAAACAACAGCAGUGCUCCAGCUUCAAUGCCAAAGCCUUUGGGAAGCGGUACUACCACUGGAUGCCCCUCUAUCCAGAUGACUACACCAGCAUCUCCAACAAGCCGUGUGACCUCCAGUGCACCACGCGGAAUGGAGAGCGGCAGCUGAUGGCCCGAGCCCAGGAUGGCACCUCCUGCAAGGACAGGACCUACCAAGGGGUCUGCAUCAAUGGGAAGUGUGAGCCGGUGGGGUGUGAUGGGAGCCUCUAUUCAGCCCGGACCAUGGACAGAUGCAGGGUGUGUGGAGGGGACGGCAGCACUUGUCACCGUGUCUCAGGCAGCUUCCGAAAGGCAAUCUCACAGAUAGGUUACGUGUUCAUCACCAGCAUCCCUGCCGGUGCCACGGACAUCCUCAUCAUGGAGCGCAGGAAGACAGAAAACAUCCUGGCACUCGCUGAUGAAUAUGGACAUUUCUUCUUCAACGGCAACUCUGCCAUUGACAACCCCCAGAACUUCAGGGUAGCUGGCACAGUCUUCAAGUACAGGAGGCCUUCGAGUCUGAAUUCAGAUGGGCUGGAGUAUAUCAUAGCUCACGGACCCACUAACCAGUCUCUGAAUGCCAUGUACUAUAACUUCAAUGGGAAAAUGCCACAUAUAACUUAUGACUACACUGUACCACGGACACCACCGCCUCUCCGAACCGCAGCCCCUGCUGUAGACAGACCUCGUUAUCAUCACCCAGUUGAGACCAGCCAGAGCCAUCCUGUUCCAGCCAACUUCAGAGCUGCCAAGGACCCCAACACCACAUGGCUUUCCCUGUCACCAGAUGACACCAACAAACAGCUUCCUCUAAAAGACAGGCAUGAAGAUUUAGGCUUCAGCCAUCCGCACUUCUUCCACACCAACUCCACUACCCACCCUUGGGGCUGGGGCUGGGAGCAAGGUGAAGAAAAGGAGAAGUAUGACUUACACAUAAGACAGGUCUACCACUCAAACACGGCAGGAGAGGAAGAAGAAGAGGAAGAAGCAGCAGCAAUUGGUGGAGAAACAGAAUUGGCCCUCAAAUUCAACCAGAUUUCCAUCAGCACGGCUGUACCCUACAGCAUGAGGAGAUCGGAGCUGUCGGAGAGCAGCCGUGUUGCAUCCUCCAGGCUUCGGCUCUUCAGGAGGCUGUGCCACCGGGACCCACACCACGCUGCCUUCUGCAGGGAGCUGCACUACCUGCCUGCCAGGCUGCCCCAGAGGAACAGCACGGCAGGACUAUGGGCUGAGACAGCUGCCCGAUGGCCGCAGGGCCUCCACAAAGCGCCGUCCCGUAAGAACUCACUGGAGGACUUGAAGGUGGAGAUGUUUGCUGGGAGACAGGGGAAAGCGAGCAACCACAGCACGAUGGCAUCUGUGGAGAGCUCUCUGCUGGGUGCCAGCACAGCGGUGGACGUCGGCCAGACAGAACCUCUGCGAGCACCCGGCACUGAAAGCAAUGAGUUUGAUGUGAGCCCUGUGGGCCACGAUGACAUCAGCCUGGCUGACAUGUAUCGAUGGAAGGUCUCAGCUUAUGCCCCCUGCAGCUCCACCUGCACUUCAGCAGGUAUCAGCGCCUCCUAUGCAAUGUGUGUACGGUACGAUGGAGUAGAAGUGGAUGAAGCGUACUGCGAUGCCCUGACCCGACCAGAACCUACACAUGAAUUCUGCACAGGCAGAGACUGCCAGCCUAGGUGGGAAACGAGCCGAUGGAGUGAGUGCUCCAGGACCUGUGGUGAGGGCUACCAGUACCGCACCGUGCGCUGCUGGAAGAUGCUGGCUCCAGGCUUCGACAGCUCUGUUUACAACGACCUCUGCGAGUCAGCUGGGCUGGCCAGGCCCAUAGAGAGGAAAGCUUGCAAGAACAAGGCCUGCGGACCCCAGUGGGAGCUCUCGGAGUGGUCUGAGUGCUCAGCCCGAUGUGGCUCCCAGGGGACGAUGAAGAGGGAGGUGCGCUGCUCGGUGGAAGCAGCCCUGUGCGAUGAGUCCCAGAAGCCCAGCAGUGAGAAGGAAUGCACAGGACCACCCUGCGACCGCCGCUGGACCGCUUCGGAAUGGGGCCCGUGCUCAGGUCCAUGUGGUGAGGGACGCAUAAGCCGUUUCAUCGCCUGUCGCAACCUGGAGGGGAAGGUGAUCUCUGACACGCAGUGUGACCCAGCUGCCAAGCCCCUGGCUGUCCAUCCGUGUGGAGACAAGGACUGCCCUGCACACUGGGUGGAGCAGGAGUGGGACCAGUGUGAUGCCAGCUGUGGACGAGGGACAAAGACCCGGCUUGUCCUGUGUGCAGGGCUGGAGAACGGGGUAUACAGGGAGUACCCUGAGAAGAGCUGCGAGGCCACGCAGAAGCCUGAGGAGCAAGCUGCCUGCUUCAUGAGGCCGUGUUCAACCUGGUUCACUACCUCCUGGUCUCAGUGCAGCAAGACGUGCGGUGCUGGUGUGCGACUGCGUGAGGUCAAGUGCUACCAGGGGGAAGCGCUGGCCCAGGGCUGUGACCCUGCUUCCAAACCAGAAGGCAGGCAGACGUGUCAGCUCCAGCCGUGCCCCACAGAGGCCCCAGAAGAAGACUGUGAAGACAAAGUGACGGCCAACUGCGUGCUGGUGCUGAAGGUGAAGCUGUGCUCUCACUGGUACUACAGGAAGGCUUGCUGCCGGUCGUGUCGCCUCAAGUCACCGUGACUGCUGCCAGGCUGUAGUUUUCCCUUCCAAGUUCAGGGGCAUGAGCCCCCCUGAGCCAGACUUUACCACCUGAAGCCACCUCACUUGGCUUGGCGGUGGAGCCAGUCCCUGUAGACCAGCCUGCUCAGCAAGAAAGGACUCCUAGGACUUUAGUCAUCACUGUUCCCUCUCCACCAAGAGGAUUUUACUGAAGACAAACCAGCAGUUCCUAGAAAGCUACUGAGAAGUGAGUUGGGAGAACCUGUCCCUGCUGUCGGUCGUCUCCGGAGAGCUCUGGCUGGAGGUGGCGAGGCACAGAAACAGCCCACAGCAGGGCACAGGCCACAGUCACCCUGUCCUGCCCUGCAGAUUGUUCCACUACAUGGGCAACUUCCAAACACAGCCAACAAAUUCUGUGUCACAAUAAAGAGCUAAACUGUCA